GUUUAUUUUGGCGCCAGAACAAAGUUGAUAAAGUUUUGUUUUCCAAUUAAUAUGUAUAAAUAAUUAAUAAAAAUGAAAAACUUGACUGAUUAUUUCAGCAGUCCAUCUGAGAAAACCAGUAGAAAAGUGGUGCCCGAUUUGGACGAGAAGGUAGAGCAAAACCCAACAAAUAUAGUAAAUAAUGAGGAACAUGUAAAUGCUGUUACGAAGAAAAAGAGGAAAUCAAAAAAAGCUAAACUGCGAAAACUCUCUGACCCUGCGGUAAAAGGCAUAACGGAACUAAUGUCCAGUAAUCUUGCCAUAAUAUCUCCCAAUACUAGUGCAGCUGAAACACAAUCUGUUCAUAAUGAUGAUAUAGCAGGUGCUGAAUUGGAGGAUAAUAUUGAAAAUCUUAUCAGUGAGGAAACAGGAGGUUCUGACAAAGAAACUGGAAUAUGUGUAAAAAUAAAAGCUAGCAAGUUUAGUAAAAUAAGGACACCUGGUAAUGAAAAUUCUACUGAAUCUAGCACAAUAAAUCGGGACACAAAGAUUAGUAGCAAUAAGUCAUCUAUUACAGGGGCAUCUAAUAGCAGUGGUUGUAAUGACUCUGAAUCUGUAGAAGUUGAAACAAUAGGAAACCUAUCUAUUAUUGUUGAUGCUGAAGAUAGUUCUAGUUCAGAGUCUCAGUUUGUCAAUGGUGGUAAAGCAAAGGUUGUGAAUGCCUUUCAGUUUUUAAUGGAUAGUAGAUUUAAGACAAUAGGUUCAAACACACCAGGUAAAGAAGUAGAUAAUGAAAUAUUAAAAAAUGAUGAAAGCAAAGAGAAACUUUCAGCAAGGAAACAUAUACUGAGUAACUGGGCUGAGAAAAAAGGGGCAUCUAAAAGGAAAAGAGAGGAAGCAGAGAAAGAUGAAGUUAUAAACUAUAAAUUGAAGAAGAGGGCAAAAAGACUGAAAAAACUAUUAAAAGCCAAAACUGACAAUGAAAAUGAUGAAGAGGUGAAGUUGAUGAAAAAACGUAUCAGGAAAAUAUCUACAGAUACUGAAAGCUCAAAUGAUGCUGUCAGUUCGAAUAACAAAAAGGAAGAUUUAAAUAAGAAAUCUGAAAAUGGAAAUAUUUCAAAAUUUGAGAUGUCUAACAGAAAAAGCGAUGCACAUGAGGAAAGCAAUAAAUAUGAGAAGAAAAAACCAGGUAGGAUAUCAAGAAAAAGCAAGGACUCUAGAGAAAUUAAGAAGAGUAGCAGUAAAGAAGAUUACAAAACAGAUAUUCUAGAAAGUAAAUGUAAAAAGACAGAUGAGGAUUCAAAUGAAGAUUUAAGAACUGAGCUGAAUAAUUUAGAAAAAAAUAAUACAAUAAGCAAUAGUCAUAGCAACUCUAGCUGUGAAUCUACAAGUAAAGAAUCAAAGAAUGAGGCACUUGUAUCAGACGAUUUAAAGUUAGUGAUUAAAGAUACAUUAGAAAAGAACAGUGAAUCUAAAACAGCUUCAAAUAGGAAAUUGAAAAAGGUAAACAGUGUUGAGAAAGAAAAUAAAAAUAAAGAAUUGAGUGAAAUUUUGGAUGAAAGUGCACAAGAUAUAGAAAUAUGUAGCCCAAAACCUAAAGAGGGAAGACAGAGUUUGCUUAAUUUCUUUGGUGUCAUUAAUAAAUCUAACAAUACUAAUAAUGUGAAUAAGAAUUCAUUAGAGAUUGAUUCACAUGAAAAGGGCAUUAAAGAAAAUGGUAGCCCUGUAGAAAUUGAUAUGAAGAAAAUGAGGGUAGAUAUAGAGACAGUAGAUCUGGAAUCUGACUGUACUACUAAUAUGACUAGUACUGCUGAAUCAAAAAACAUCCUAGAUCUUAAUGAAGAAGUCAUUUCUACUGCUCAUACUACAACUGAGACAGAGGAUACAUGUGACCAUGCUCCAGAAGAUACACCAAGCACUCGAAAGAGAAAGAAGUCCAAGAAGAAAAAUAAAUCAAAAGACGGAAAAACUGCGAAGGUACGGAGGAUUGUGGAUGAGUCCAGCCAAGAACCUGACAUUACUCCACGUAGACUCAGAUCCUGGAGAAUGAAAAUUCGCAUGAAUUUAGAUGAAAACGCAGAUGGCCAAAUGUCACCUAAAGGUAAUAGAAAAGUAAUUUUAAUUGAUGAUGACAAUGACUCGAAAGACUCUGAUGUAGUCAGUUUAUCCAGUGGUAGUGACUUUGAAGAUGACAUUAAAACUAAGAAACCAAAAAAAGCAGUGAAAGUUGCACCAGUUUUUGCUAAAGCUGCUCCGAAACCAAAAAUUGAUCCAGAAGUGUUAGAAGCUAGGAAGCAGUUUUUGAUGAGUGGCAUACCAGAAGCCUUAAAGAAAAAUAUGGAGAAACAACAAAGCUUAGAAGAGAGAGAAUAUGAUGUUUUCCCUACAAUAAGUCAUGUGCAACAAAAGUGUCAUUCUAACUCUUGGACUUUGCCAGAAGCAAACUUGAAGCUUACUAAAUUUUCACCUAUCAAACUUGAUGACUUUGACUUCACCCAUAGCUUACCGUGUACAAAAGCAAAAAAGUUAAACAUUCAAAUUGCAAGUGAUAGCAACAUAGAACUUGAAUCACUCGUAAAUAAAAUAAAAUCAGAAAACCCAAAUUACCCAGUACUGAAAGCAUUCAGACAAAUUUCUGAGAGAAAAGAAACUAUUAAGAAUAGUGGAGGAGAGAAAAAGUCAAAGGCAAAAAGUAACAGCAAAAAGAAACGUAAGAGUGCAAAUAAAAGCGUGGAGAUUAUUGAGAUUGAACCAGAAGAGAUUGAUAUAGUUGCUCAAGCAAUGUGGACUGAAAAAUAUAAGCCCAGGAAUUCUGACGAUAUUAUUGGAAACACAGAGGCAGUCAAAAAACUCAAGAAGUGGUUACAGGCUUGGUGGAAUUUUAGUGAAGAAAUAAUAAAUUCAAAUAAAGAAAGAAAAAGAAGGAAUAGCAAUAGUUCCGAUGACUUUAUUGUAAGUGACUGCAGUAGUAGGGAUACUGUCAAGUUACCUGGCAAUACUGUGGUCCUUGAGGGACCCUGCGGCAGUGGAAAAAGUACUGCAGUUUAUUCAAUCUGCAAUGAGCUCGGAUUCAAUGUUAUAGAAGUGAAUGCGUCAAGCAAAAGAAUGGGCAAGCAUCUGCUCCAAAAGCUGCAAGAAGCCACCCAAUCCCACCAAGUGCGUAAGAAGGAAUCAUUCGCAAACUUUCUUCAACAGUCGGAUAGCCAGGAAGCCGACGAUAAAAAAAUGUGUGUACUUCUUAUCGAAGAUAUCGACAUCGUUUUUGAACAAGAUGACGGUUUCUUACCAGCACUGAUGCAACUUGCAACGACAAGCAAAAGACCGAUAAUACUGACAACUACAGACUACGAGUCGGUAUUUGUACAGAAAUCUUUAGGAGACCUUGAAAGGAUAUCUUUUAUGCCACUAUCUGCGCAUUCGUUGGCAGUCUGGCUCCAACUUGUAUGCCUCGUUGAAGGCAAGUUUGUGGACCUGGAUGAGAUUGGGAGUUUGCUAGAGUUCAAUAACGGCGAUGCACGAAGGACGGUGCUUGAGUUGCAGUUUUGGGUUCAGUCUGGAGGAGAUAUUGUCAAAAAUGAUAUGACUAUCAAGAUUGCAUGUAGAAGAAUUAGUGCUGAAGAAAUUUUGGUUAGCGGUGAAGUGAAGGAUGAGAAACGUAGAACAAGGAAUGCAGAUGAGGUUGUUACACAUAAAAACUGUUUGAGGAGUUUUCAGAUAUUUGAUGGUCCAUAUGUUUUUUUUGUGCCUUACCCCCUGAGACUGAGUUUAUUGUGGUGGAAUUUCUCAAGCAUUCUCAAUAUACCCGACGACUCUGAAAACCGAAUCAAGAGGUUGAAAGGUAAAAAACCGGAGCAACUGAAAGAUGAUAAAGACUAUAGCCACGAUGACAGGCUGAAGCUAAAAGAACUAUCAAGAGUAUAUGAAACAGUAUGCCUCAGUGAUGUAUUAUAUAGGAAAAUGAAUAUUGUUGAUGAUUCUGAACCAGUCGUGAGAAACUUUAAGAAUGAUUUAAAGAAUAGUAUAGAAUUAAGCAGUAAGAUUGAAGAUGAGGUGCUAGAUUUGGACUUUGUUCACGAGAUGAAUCACUAUUCAGUUAACGGAGAGAUACAAAGGUUCAAAAUUGUAAAUAAAGAAGAGGGAUCACUGAAUAUGGCGGUGCCUGAUAAAAGUGAGAGAAGGUGGAGAGCCAAACAGUUUGUAUGUGAAGACCUAUUCAAAGAAGCACUGUCUUUCUCCACAUCUCUUGAUAGAAAAGCCGCCGCCUUAGACUAUAUGCCAACGAUGCGGUGUAUAUCUCGCUCAGAAGACCAGAGAGCAGCUAAUAACACAAAGCGUGGUAAUCGGUUCAGAAACUAUCUAAGGAACUUGCUGACGAGUUGUAGUGAUAGUACUAUUAAACUAGCGUGUAAUAUUCUUAGGGAAUAACGUUUUUUCACUAUAUUCUGUCAUGCAGUCGGAUUUACAAUGCAGAAUUGUGCAUGUAUAUGGAUUUUUUCUUGCUGCUGAGAUUCGCUUUUCGUUCAGUAACAAGCUUCUGAGAGUAGUUAGCAGUUAUCAUUAUGAUUGGUGAUUCAUCUAAGAUACACUUUUUGAAAGGAAAAAAAAACGGAACAAUCACAAUUUCGGGUAGUAUUUAUUGUAAGAAAAGUAUCAUGCCUGACAUUAGUUUUUGACGAUUGUUUAUUUCUUAUGCAUGUUAUUACAGCGGCUAUACCCCAUUUGUAGACCAUUUACGCCCAGACAAAACACAACGUGCCCAAAAGCGAGAUUGUACAGGUCCGUAUUUUCCUCAUUGGUCUUGGACUAAUCUAACAAAAUAAAUUAUUAUUUUUAUAGAAAAAAGUGCACCUACUGUUCACAAUUCUUAUCCAUAUCCCACACCGUUGUUUUGAUUGUCUCUUGAACGUGACGGGUGCAAUCUUUCCAACGGUUUGCCAUCACUCUGCUGACAGCUUCAUAAAACAAAUUUUUCACGUCAAAAAAUUUGAAUGUUUUAUUGUAUGAAGCCACAUAGUUUUUAUAUUUGUCCAAAUCAUUUCAAUGGGAUAUAAUUCGCAGUGAUAACGGGGCAGCAUUAAAACUGUCCUAUUUUGGGUUUUAGCCAUUUCAUCAACAACACCAAGAUUAUAAUUAUAUAUGGUGACAGACGGAAACCUGACGUUUUUGAAAUGAACAGUAGGGGAGACCGGGGCUGGUAGCCGCACUUUUUUGAAUUUAUUUUAUGACGGCUACUAUAAUUAAUAUUUUUUAAAACCCAUUGUUGCCGUGAAAAGUCCUAUACGUAGUCGUGCCAUAAGUUCUGUCCCAUGAUAAUCUCAUGAUAAAAAUGAAACAAGAUAAGAUAUAUUUAUAUGAAAGAUAUUAUUUAUUCGACAACAUUUUUAGAAUUCAUAAUCAAACAGUUUUAUUCAAAAUGUCCCCCCUUGGCCUUCACACACUGCUUCAAUCUCGCGGGCCACUCAUCUAUCACUGCACGCACAGCUUCCAAAGGAAUAGCUGCCGCUGAUCGGAUCAAAUCCGCUUUCAGGGACUCGAUAUUACGGUGGGCUUUGGAGCAGGCCAACUGCUCUAGCAGGUUCCACAACUUGUAGUCUAAAGGAUUGAGGUCCGGACUCCCUGAGGGCCAAUCUUCCGCAGCAAUGAACUCUGGCACAUUGCUUUCCAGCCAGCGCUGCGUACACUUAGCCUUGUGAGAGGGGGCGGAAUCCUGCUGGUAGACCCAGUGUUGGUUGGCAAACAAUGUACCACUUAAAGGCUUGAC